CGCCCCUCCUCCUCUCUCCUCUGCCUCCAAAAGUGUCUCCGGCCGCUACCGCCGGCCUACGGUUCGCCGCUGUCAUGGCGAAGGGUCACAGCUUAAAACUCACGCAACGGAACAGGUGAAACGGAGGAGAGGAGGGAAAAGUGAAUUCGUAGAAGAAAAUAAAAUCACCUCAGGAGAUAAAAGUUGGGAGUUUCUGGUGAAGAGCCGGAGUGUGCUGCCGCGACGACGUUUAAAUCAUUGCUGGCCCACUUUCUGUACAGUUUUCUAUUUUAUUUUAAAUUCAGUGUGGUUGCUUUGAAAAGAAGGGCUGAAGGCAAAGUUCUGUCUGGAGUGGGAGCUGUGAGCUUCAUAUCGUGCCAGCGACAUGUCCGAGUCCAACGUGAAGGUGGCGGUGAGGAUUCGCCCCAUGAACAGGAGAGAGAUUGAUUUGAAGACAAAAUGUAUUGUGGAUGUGGAAGGCAAUCAGACCAUCCUAACUCCAGCUAAUGCAAACCUCAGCAAAGGAGACGCCAGGAGUCAACCAAAGGUUUUUGCAUACGAUCACUGUUUCUGGUCGAUGGAUGAGUCUGUUAAAGACAAGUAUGCAGGUCAAGAUAUAGUGUUCAAGUGCCUAGGUGAAAGUUUGCUGCACAAUGCCUUCCAAGGAUACAAUGCUUGUAUAUUUGCUUAUGGCCAGACUGGUUCGGGAAAAUCGUACACAAUGAUGGGAUCAAAGGACAAGCCGGGUUUGAUCCCCCGGUUGUGCAGCAAGCUGUUUGAACGUGCAUUGCAAGAGGCAAAUGAAGAGCAGAGCUUCACAGUUGAAGUGUCGUACAUGGAAAUCUACAAUGAGAAAGUUCGGGACUUGCUUGAUCCUAAGGGCAGUCGACACAGCUUGAAGGUGAGAGAACACAAGGUUCUAGGUCCGUAUGUGGAUGGUUUAUCUAAGCUGGCUGUGGCAAGUUACAAGGAUAUUGAAUCUCUGAUGUCAGAAGGGAACAAGUCCCGAACGGUUGCUGCAACCAACAUGAAUGAGGAAAGCAGUCGUUCCCAUGCCGUAUUCAACAUUAUUCUGACACACACGCUGUGUGAUCUCCAAUCUGGGACGCUGGGUGAGAAGGUGAGUAAAUUGAGCUUGGUGGACCUGGCCGGCAGUGAGAGAGCAGCAAAAACUGGCGCUGCUGGGGAUCGUCUAAAAGAAGGAAGCAACAUCAACAAAUCCUUAACAACUCUAGGCCUGGUGAUCUCUGCUCUGGCAGAUCAGGCUGCUGGUAAAAACAAGAACAAGUUCGUCCCCUACAGAGAUUCUGUGCUGACCUGGCUACUCAAGGACAGUCUUGGUGGAAAUAGCAAAACGGCAAUGAUAGCGACAGUCAGCCCUGCAGCCGACAAUUAUGACGAAACGCUGUCAACGCUGAGGUACGCAGACAGAGCCAAAAACAUUAUUAAUCAUGCUGUGGUGAAUGAAGAUCCUAAUGCCCGGAUCAUCCGGGAGCUCCGCGAGGAAGUAGAUAAACUGCGGGAACAACUCUCCAGAGCAGAGGCAAUGAAAUCUCCAGAGUUGAAGGAUCGUUUGGAAGAAUCUGAAAAACUAAUUCAAGAAAUGACUGUUACCUGGGAAGACAAGCUAAGGAAAACAGAGGCCAUUGCACAAGAACGUCAAAGGCAGCUUGAGAGUCUUGGCAUUUCUCUUCAGUCCUCAGGAAUCAAAGUUGGGGAUGACAAGUGUUUCUUGGUGAAUCUGAAUGCCGAUCCAGCCUUAAAUGAGCUGCUUGUUUAUUACUUAAAGAAUCACACUCUGAUUGGAUCUGAUGAUUCGCAGGACAUACAGCUGUGUGGAAUGGGAAUACUUCCAGAACAUUGUGUCAUUGAUAUCUCUCCAGAGAGACGCGUCAUUCUCACACCAAAACAAAACACCAGAACAUUUGUAAAUGGCUCCCUUUUAACCUGCCCUACGCAGCUUCAUCACGGUGAUCGAAUCCUCUGGGGUAACAACCAUUUCUUCAGAAUUAACCUGCCAAAACCGAAGCCAUUGCAGGAUGAAGAGGGGCAGGAAAGCUCCAUGAAGCAAAGUUCUAGUAGUGAGCAACUGGACGGAGAUGGAGACAGCGCUAGUGAUGGCUCCAGCGAGAGUAAUUACAGCUUUGAGUUUGCACAGAUGGAGGUCACGAUGAAGGCUCUUGGGAACAAUGAUGCGAUGCAGUCAGUGCUGCAGAGGCUGGAGUGGCAACACCAGGAGGAGAAACGCUCGGCGCUGGAACAGCAGCGCCUCAUGUAUGAGCGGGAACUGGAACAGUUACGCAGGCGUUUGUCCCCCGAGAAACAUUACCGUAGCAUGGAGCGCCUUUCUUUCAGUUCCCCCAGCACUCAGCAGCGCCUCCGUCAAUGGACUGAGGAAAGGGAGGCAAUGCUGAAUCACAGUCUCAUGAAACUGCAGGAGCAGAUUGCCAAAGCGAAUCUUUAUGUCCGUGAGGCAAAUUACAUCGCUGAAGAGAUGGAGAAGAAGACCGAGUAUCAGGUGACUCUACAGAUUCCAGCAUCCAACCUUGAUGCUAACCGAAAGCGAGACUCUGUUCUCAGUGAACCAGCGAUUCAAGUACGGCGGAAGGGCAAAGGGAAGCAGAUCUGGUCACUGGAGAAGCUGGAAAACCGACUUAUUGAUAUGCGUGAGCUUUACCAGGAAUGGAAAGAUUGUGAUGAGGACAAUCCUAUGAUGAGAUCCUACUUUAAGCGGGCCGACCCAUUCUUUGACGAACAGGAGAACCACAGUUUGAUUGGAGUUGCAAAUGUUUUCUUGGAGUUGCUGUUCUACGACGUUAAACUACAGUAUGCAGUACCCAUCAUCAAUCAGAAGGGGGAGGUUGCAGGACGCUUGCACGUAGAGGUGUUACGAACAAGUGGUGACUUCAAUGAUCGCAUCGCUGGUGGAGAUGAUGCACUGGACGAUGGGAAUGAGAGUGAAUCGCAUGAAAGGGAAACAGCACGAAAAUUCACCUGCAGAAUAAAAAUCCUCCAAGCUACGGGCUUGCCUCGACACCUGUCGAACUUUGUUUUCUGCCAGUACACCUUUUGGGAUCAGACAGAACCAACCAUGGUUGCUCCAGAAGUAGAUCCUUCCUCUUUAAGUCCGGCUGGAAAAGACCCAGAGUGCAUGGUCGUUUUUGACCACUGUAAGGAAUUCUCGGUCAGUCUUUCUGAGGACCUGCUGGAAUAUCUCUCUGAAGGAGCUUUGGCAUUCCAAGUCUACGGACAUAAACCAUGUGACCCUCGUAAAACUCCUUCCAUAUGGGACUUGGGAAUAAUACAAGCCAAAACACGAUCACUACGGGAUAGAUGGAGUGAGGUGAUGCGGAAGGUCGAGCUGUGGAUCCAGAUCUUGGAACUGAAUGAGAAUGGGGACUAUGUUCCUGUGGAGGUAAUCCCCUCCAAGGAUGUUUCCACAGGUGGCAUUUUCCAGCUACGCCAGGGUCAGUCUCGACGGGUGCUAGUGGAGAUACGGUCAGUUCAAGAUUCUGGGACAUUGCCAUUAAUUGCUGAGGAAGUGUUGUCUAUUGCUGUGGGAUGUGUCAAAACGAGACCUGCGAGAACUCAGAAAUAUCAAGAUGCCCACUUGGAAGAAGAUGAUGAUAUGGACAGUUACCAGGAGAGAGAUUUGGAGAAGCUCCGUCGGAAGUGGUUGAGUACUUUGACAAAGAGACAGGAAUACCUUGACAAGCAGCUCCAGAAACUCAAUAGUAAACCUAAUAAGUCUGAGGAUGAUGCGGAUCGUGAGGCGCAGUUGCUGGAACGAAGGUUGACUCUGACAGAAGAGAGGAAUGCAGUCAUGGUCCCAACAGCUGGGAGUGGAAUCCCAGGCUCCCCGGCAAAAUGGAGCCCGGCUGCUGGAAUGGAAACACAUGUUCCUGUUGUUUUUCUUGAUUUAAACACAAAUGACUUCAGCUCCCAGGAAGAUCUGGAUGGACCGGAGCCUGGUGGUCUGGAUGCCAGCCUUAUAGAUGAAGAUGUCGAUGAAAUUUUAGAACUGCAAAUUGCAAAGCAUCAUGAUACAGAGGUGAAAGCAGAGGCUUCGUGGGAUUCCAAUGUCCAUAACUGUGUGUCACUGAGCAAAGGGACACCAGUUGAUGAGCGUGUUUUCCUCAUCGUGAAGGCGGUGGUGAAGCUGAGUCAUCCUGCUGACAUGCAGCUGGUGCUGCGUAAACGCAUCUGCGUAAACGUCUAUAGCCGACAGGGUUUUGCACAAAAUUUCUUGAGAAGAAUGUCCCACAGAAGUACGCUGAAUGCAUGUGGAGUGACCUUUGAGAUUGUCUCCAAUAUCCCAGAGGAUGCUCAGGCAUCUGAAGACCGUGAAACCCUGGCACGGAUGGCAGCUGAACUGGAAAAUGCAGAGUCUGCUGAGAAGGAAGCCUACAUUGAGAAAUACCUACGUAGUGUACUGGCGGUGGAGAACAUCCUUACACUGGACCGCCUACGCCAGGAGGUUGCAGUAAAAGAACAAUUGAAUGCAAAACGUAAAUUGACCAGAAGAUGCAACAGUUCUCCAAACGUCAACCGGUUAUCUGGGAGCCGACAUGACCUCAACACAAGAUCGAGCCUUGAACGUAACAAGAGCCGAUGGGAGAGUCACCAGGACAUAUCCAUGGCUGCACUGCAGACAAACAAGAAGACGCCUCCACAUUGUUCCCCAGUGUCCCGCUAUUCAUUGCCACCCCAGUCACAAGAUGCAGACUCGUUGUCAGUGCUGGCAGCCUCAUACUUGACUCCAGUGAAGGCCUUUGUACCUCAGAUGCCCAAACUUCUCAAAUCACUUUUCCCUGUACGAGAUGAGGAGAAGAGAAAGUCGCCUUCUCUGCCAAGUCAGUCUGUUCCCCAGAUUUUAGUGCAUUCCGCUAGCCUCGAUGUUGAACAGAACAAAGAUGCUCAUGAAGAGAAAGCACCUUGUGUCCCAGUGGCAACGACAAAAACUGUCCACCCUACAAACUGUGGAAACGUUCCACUGAAGAGCGAGCUUGCUGACACACCCACCCAGAAACCCCAUCAAGAACCUCAAAGUCCUUCCAGUGAAGCUUCAAGUGGCUACUUCUCACACAGCGUUUCCACAGCGACCCUCUUCGAGACGAGCAUGUCGACGAACAGUGAUGUCAACUCUCUCCAUUCCAGACAAGUAACCUCAGAUGUGGACAUCUCCGCCCAGUCAGAAAACCAAGAAGUAUUGCGCUGCGAGGGCUUGGCACAGUCAGGCACUGAGUCAGAGAUGAGCCCCAGUUUUGCUGGAGGUGCUGUCAAUGGAGUUGAGAAUCUGCUGUAUCACAGUAAUGAAACGAGAGAUGAUGCUCCUCAGACCUCCAAUGAAGUUGGAAGUCAAACCCAACUGCAAAACGCAGACACGGACGUUGGAAAGGGUUGUGGAAGCUUUCACAGUCAAUCACUACAGCCCGAGGAAACAGUGGCAAGAGGAGACAGGGAAUGGUUCUCAUCUGAAAGCACCCUCACUCCCUCUGGGAUAACUGAACAACUCUCGACUGAAAUGGUUAGCACUCAAAUGCCCGCCAAAAUCUCCACACCACUUACCAUCCAGACUGACACAUUGACAAAUUUAUCACCCGUGCAGAAGCCAGCAUCACCAUUAACCAAGUCGAAACCCGAGGUGAAAAAUGUUGGGGCAGAGCCCAAAUCUGUGACUUCCAAUCCCUUCAAAAUUCAAAGGGUGAGGACGUCUGAAUUGAAAUCAUUCACUGGCAUUUUGAGUGAUGAAAAUACUUGCCAAGAUUCUGAAGGUCACCUUGAAGUCAGCACAGUGCCAACAGAACUGUGCCCACCUCAGUCCUUGGACUCAGCUGUGGUGGGGGCGUCGGAGACUGAGAGUGUUUCUGGGACUGUAAGCACAAGGAAUGACGAUUGUGAGUUACCAAGUGACAAACUUGAAGUGGUUUCAGAUUCCGAGGAAGCUGCUGAGACGAUCCCUGAGUGGCUAAAAGACGGGGAAUAUGUCUUAGUCGGUACAAACAAGACUGGUACAGUCAGGUAUAUCGGACCCACGGAAUUUGCUGAUGGAAUUUGGAUUGGAAUUGAGCUGGAUGUUCCGGCAGGGAAGAAUGACGGCUCAGUCGGUGGGAAGCAGUAUUUCCGAUGUAAUCCGGGCUACGGAGUGUUAGUGAGGCCCAGCCGGGUCACCAGAGCCAGUGGCUCAGCCAAGCGCCGCAGCACGGGCCACCGGAUGCAACUGGCCGCCGCCUCGGAGAAUCGGAGAAGUGGAAGCUUCUCGAAAUCUAAUCCAAACCUGUCUGCUCUCACCGCACUUGCCAAGUCAGAGGGUGGAGCGGGACUCCGAUCGGGUGACAAGCCUCUGAGGAAAAGUGAGCAUAGAAAAUCCUGGUCGUCUGACCAAAAACCGUAGUGAGAGAUGGAAAUGAACUGGUGAAUCCAAUGUCUAGAGCUCAUUGGUGAGGCUUAGGAACUGGACAUCCAGACGUGCUGACUUCGAUCUAGACCCAGUGCCUUUUCUGAGUAACCUUUCCGACGACCUAAAUGUUACUCCAUUCUGGAUUUUAAAUUUAUUUUUCCUUUCUGUGUCUAAGGUUUCUCUUCCAUUGGUAAAACAAACUGAUAAAAUUUGAACUUUUCAACCUGAAGAAUAGAUCUGUUUUGAGUUCAGAGGUGAACUUGCUAACUUAUCUUUCUGUCUUUUUGGAAAAUGUAGUGAGAGAGAAGAACAAAUCUGCACCAAGUAUUUAAUUGUAUUGAACUUCGGUUGAACCCAUGGCCAGUCCAAUGCCUUGUUAAAGUACAAUCAUUUCUUUGAGUAAUUCUGGAUUGAAAAUUAGGCGCCAGAUUGCGUCGAGUUUUAUAUUUUAUGUGUGGCCUGAUCAGUCCCCUUUUUAUUUCCCAUUAAACUUUUAAAAAAACUUCAACGGAAUGGGACUGUAUAUUUACAUGUUAAUGUCUUUUAAAAUGUAAAUUAGGAUUAGAAAAGAAUGUACAAGAUACACCACUAGAAGUAGUUCAUCCCAAUCCCGAAGAGUGCAGAGAUUGUAUGUAGAGGAUCAACUCAUGAUGGUUUAUGCAUUGAUCCAUUUCCCAAAAUGCUGUUUAUAAAAUCCCCUCCCUACCUUGUAAUAUGCUCAUUACCUCAGAGAAAUGGAAAAUAAGCCAUUGCAAUGUGACCUAAUACAGACCAAUGCAUCUUGAGGUAUGAUUUCCAACAGCUCCUGCUUCUGUGAAACUGCUAAAUUGGAGCGUUUGCUUUGAACACAUGGGUUGAAUCUAUUAUGAAUGAAAAACCUGAAAAAAUACAAUGUUGAGCAUUUGUAUAAAAAGUGUUAGCGGGAACAUUAGAAUUCUUAUUUCUGAACCUGGUCAGUAGAGAUUUACUCAAAUAGGGCUUAAAGGUUAUGCAAUAAUAUGAAAAACUACAUCUUGAGGCCACUUUUAAUCUGUUGUAUGGAACUCCAAGUAAUUUUUAAAAAUCAUCAAAAUUUUAAUAAAGGUAAUGAUUUUCAUGAUUUUAAAAGUUUGAGCAAUAUUCACAUCCAAUGUGAGGCUUUUAGAUUAAUAUUUUAAACGUUAUGUUGCUUUCACCUUGAACAUUUGGUCCAUUGCUCUUGGAUCAAUUCCAGAGUGAAGAAUCUGUUUUGUGUCAAUUGAGGUUGGUGAUUGUGCUUUGUAUAAAGACAGGAGUUUCUGCAGAUGCUAAAAAUACAGAGUAACACACACAAACUUUAUGGAGGAACUCAGUGGGUCAGGCAGCAUCUAUAGAGGAGAAUAAACAGCUGAUGUUUCAGGUCACAGCCUCAAAAGUCAACUGUUUAUUCUCCUCCAUUGAUACUACCUGCCCUGCUGAGUUCCUCCAGCAUUUUGUGUGAUGUUUGGCGACGUCAGCAGUCUCCAUGGGUAUUUUACAAACGUCGUGUGAUAUGAUGUAUAUAGGCUCCCAAUUCACAACCUAGUUCUGUGUUUUUAAUUAAAAUAUAGUUUAAAUAUUUUUCUGUAUUGAUAGGGAAAGGUGGGGCAAAAUGAUUUGCUUUUAAAAUUAUCCUGCCUAUAGUUCCGGUCUUGUUGGACUACACUGGUUUAAUUAUUACUGUAUAAUGUAUGGGCUGCCAUUUGUUGAAGUCCAUCUCCAGAGACACCAUUAGCCGGAAUUAAUGCAUGUGAUACCCUAAACAUUACUUGUUGGAAUAAAUUUCUCCUGAAAAUAAAAUUAAAUGACGCGUUAUUCAGUGCUGUAAGAUGCUGAAAGACACAUCAUUAGCAAGUUUAGACCUUCAUUGGUGCAUUGGUUGGCACGGCUGAUGUAAGUUUGCUCAUCACAUAAGUGGCUAAUACUAAUUACAUUAGAUGGCUUCAGUCAGGGAGAAAAGUUUCAGUGAAUAUGUCCUGCUGGUUAUCUUUAAGAUGUAGUUCGUGCAUCCUAGAUUAUCCAAGCUCAUGUUCUGAUGAUAUGAUGUCUGUGAGAAAAGUGUGUGUCUGUAAGAGAGAAUAAUAAAGAGAGUUAACAUUCACAGCAGAAAGCAUCAGAUAGAACAGUCUGAUUAACCGUAACCACAUGCACUUUCUGUAGUCACUGAAUGUUAGUUGAAGGAUGUGCUACAUCUCCAAAGUGGUGUUUGGCAGUAAAAUGGUCAUGCGUUGUUCUACAGUGCCAGCUGAGAAGUGCACACACUUGGUUGCUGUUUCUCAAAAAUAAAAUUAAAAUGACUGAUGAGGUCAGAGUGCCACAUGUGCUUGCUUAGAUGCAGAUGAUUGCAACUGCUGAAAUGCUUUGUUCUGGCUGUAUGAAUCCAAGCAGUAGAACAUCUGAUUCCAAUGAUCUAGUUUUCACCUGAAUAGAACAGUUCAGCACACAGUAGAGGACCUUCGGCCCAUGAUGUUGUGCUAAUCUACUUUAAGAUCUAUCUAACCCUUGCUUCCCAUAUUCUACUUGUUGGAAAUGCUGCUAGUUCCCCAUUGUUGCUUCUUCUGGCCAGGCUAAGUUGUUAUGUGUGUGCUGUUGUUCAGUGAUGUCUGCUACUUGUUUCAAGUGAAGUUCCACACACAACUGCUCAACACCAUAUACAUAUAGGACUUUCUCUGGUUGACCUGUAGGUCACCUUUGUGGUGCACGAUUGAUAUGAUAAAUCAAGUCUGCUGCCAAUACAUCUGUCCACAAAUAUCAGAUAUUGAUGGUAAAACCGUAGUGUUAGUGACUGUCCAGACUUUUGUAUGAAUUAUUCUCAUCAGGUGUACUUUCAUGCCAUUAGAUAGUUUGCUGACAGCAGGCCAAUUCAGUUUUUAUUGCUAAAACAAGCAUUGAAUAUGUACAGAAGGCAAAUCACCAGCAUUCUGGAUUGAGCUGCCUUUUUGCAAGUACUGGUAACUCUUUAAUCUCUGCCAUCAAGUUUUGUUCAGUGCAUAUAUUAAAGUUUUCAUCCAAAUGGUUGCCAAUAAAGUAAUGAACUCAAUUGGCUCUUGGAAUAAUCCUGUUAAGUUUCUUUUCUGUGAGGGAUUUUGGAAUAGUGACCAAGAUCAUGUCCUUGUAGCUGACCCACAAUAUGGUUGGUGUCUUUCUGGUUCAAUAUGCCCAUACAUUAAAGCCUUUUGAUACAUUUACUUGAACAUAUCUUCAUCUACUCCACCUUGGAAAGCACUAUUAUUUUAAGACCAUUAGAAGUGUGUGCAAUUCUGAACCAACUGCAACGCAGCAGAUGAUCAACACUUGGAAUUACCCAGAGGGAAAGAAGUUGAGAAGCAGGAUUUCAGUAUGCAGCUGAUUUAAGGCUGUGGGCUGCUUGGUGUACAACAGGAAGAGAAUUCUGGCAGUCUACACACAAGAAGAGUAGUGUAUAAAUAAGCAGAAUCAGUAGACAAGUUGAUAUUUUUAUUCUGAACUGGCUAUAUGAAUGUAUUGGGUCCAAACAUUGCGUCUUAUUCUAUUUCCUGAAACCUGAGGCCUGUGGUGUAGUAAACAUACUGUGCUACUCUGCAACGUUGCAACUCCAUUGUAACCUGUCAGUCAGGCUUGAUUAAAAUAGCUGUUUAUUCAUGUUUUGGAGCUCAGUAGAGCAAUAGCAUAGAGACCUUAAUGUGUCCAUUUUAAAAAGAAAAAUGACUUUUACUACUGAUACUGAAGGGGUUUUGUGUAUGACUAAAGUAAAUCUUUCAUAUUCUAAGGCUCAACAUUAGUGUCGAGUUUGUCAAAGGAUUUAAUUUAACACUAAUUGCUGUUUGAAGUAAUUCUGGAGUUCUGUACUACUUGUUAAUCUGUAUAUCUGCUGGGAUUGUAUAUAGAAAGCACAAUCUGAAAAUUUGAAUGUAUGUAAUAAUUUGGGUAUUUAAGGGCUCAAUUAAAUUGGUGCUUUGCCAUCUUAUUGCCUGUCAAAAUUUCUAUUGUACACUUAAUAUUCUGUAAAAUAACAAUUCUGGCUGAAAAAUAAUAAAAGUAUA